UGCGGGGACUUCCAGGGCCCGGAGGCGGGCUGCUUGCACCCGGCGCCGCCGCAGCCCCCGCCGCCCGGGCCGCUGUCUCAGCACCCGCCGGUGCCCCCAGCCGCCGCCGGCCCCCUUGCAGGGCAGCCGAGAAAGAGCAGCUCGUCCCGCCGCAACGCGUGGGGCAACCUGUCCUAUGCCGACCUCAUCACCAAGGCCAUCGAGAGCUCAGCCGAGAAGCGGCUCACGCUGUCGCAGAUCUACGAGUGGAUGGUCAAGAGCGUGCCCUAUUUCAAGGAUAAGGGUGACAGCAACAGCUCCGCGGGCUGGAAGAAUUCAAUUCGCCAUAAUCUGUCCCUACACAGCAAGUUCAUUCGUGUGCAGAAUGAAGGAACUGGAAAAAGUUCUUGGUGGAUGCUCAAUCCAGAGGGAGGCAAGAGUGGCAAAUCCCCUCGGAGAAGAGCUGCGUCCAUGGACAACAACAGUAAAUUUGCUAAGAGCCGGGGCCGAGCUGCUAAGAAAAAAGCAUCCCUGCAGUCUGGCCAGGAGGGUGCCGGGGACAGCCCAGGAUCUCAGUUUUCUAAAUGGCCUGCGAGCCCUGGCUCUCACAGCAAUGAUGACUUUGAUAACUGGAGUACAUUUCGCCCUCGAACUAGCUCAAAUGCUAGUACUAUUAGUGGGAGACUUUCUCCCAUUAUGACCGAACAGGACGAUCUUGGAGAUGGGGAUGUGCAUUCUCUGGUGUACCCACCAUCUGCUGCAAAGAUGGCUUCUACGCUACCCAGUCUGUCUGAGAUAAGCAAUCCUGAAAAUAUGGAAAAUCUUUUGGAUAAUCUCAACCUUCUGUCAUCACCAACGCCAUUAACUGUUUCAACCCAGUCUUCACCUGGCACCAUGAUGCAGCAGACACCAUGCUACUCAUUUGCACCUCCAAACACCAGUCUGAAUUCACCCAGCCCAAACUACCAAAAAUACACAUAUGGCCAGUCCAGCAUGAGCCCUUUGCCCCAGAUGCCUAUGCAAACACUUCAGGACAACAAAUCGAGCUAUGGAGGUAUGAAUCAGUAUAACUGUGCACCAGGACUCUUGAAGGAGUUGCUUACUUCUGACUCUCCUCCCCACAAUGACAUUAUGACAGCAGUUGAUCCUGGGAUCGCCCAACCCAACAGCCGGGUCCUUGGUCAGAAUGUGUUGAUGGGCCCUAAUUCGGUCAUGUCAACCUAUGGCAGCCAGGCAUCUCAUAACAAAAUGAUGAACCCCAGCUCCCACACCCACCCUGGACAUACCCAGCCAACAUCCGCAGUUAAUGGGCGUGCCUUGCCCCAUGCGGUCAACACCAUGCCCCACACCUCGGGUAUGAACCGCUUGGCCCCCGUGAAGACAGCUUUACAAGUGCCUCUGUCCCACACCAUGCAGAUGAACGCGCUGGGGGCCUACUCCUCGGUGAGCAGCUGCAAUGGCUAUGGCAGGAUGGGCCUUCUCCACCAGGAGAAGCUCCCAAGUGACUUGGAUGGCAUGUUGAUUGAGCGCUUGGACUGCGACAUGGAGUCCAUCAUUCGGAACGAUCUUAUGGAUGGAGAUACGUUGGAUUUUAACUUUGACAAUGUAUUGCCCAACCAAAGCUUCCCGCACAGCGUCAAGACGACGACACAUAGCUGGGUGUCAGGCUAAGAGUGAGUUAGUGAACAGGCUACACUUAAAAGUACUUCAGACUGUCUGACAGCAGGAACUGAGAGAAGCAGUCCAAAGA